GCCGGGCGCCCCUCGGGCCCUAUGGUGCGGCGGCGGGACCCGGCUGCUGCUCGCCGCCUUCCGAGGGGGCCCGCGGAGCGGCGCGGGGCAGCGCGGCCCGCCGGCACUCGGCUGGCAUGAGGAACCUGCCGAUCCUCCUCCUCCUCUCCCUCAGCUGGAACCUGCGGCGGGUGAUUGGUGUCCAUCCAGAAUGCAGAUUUCAGCUGGAGAUUCACAAGGAGGAAACAAAAUGCAUGGAACUUUUAAAGCAUGCAAAACCAGUGGACUACAAAGGAUGUGUUGGAGUUUGGGAUAACAUCACCUGUUGGCGUCCUGCAAAGGUUGGAGAGACUGUCACUGUCCCUUGCCCAAAAAUAUUUAGCCUUUUUUCUGGAAAACCAGGAAAUAUUAGCAAAAAUUGUACCAGUAAUGGAUGGUCAGAUAUUUUUCCUGACAUCUUAAGUACUUGUGGAUAUAAUGACUAUGAGGAUGAUUAUAAGGUCAACUUCUAUGUAAGAGUGAAGGCAAUUUAUACCCUUGGUCACAGCGUAUCUCUGAUUGCUCUCACAACAGGAAGUAUAAUUCUUUGCCUUUUCAGAAAACUUCAUUGCACUCGGAACUACAUCCAUCUGAACCUGUUCCUCUCCUUCAUUCUAAGAGCAAUCUCUGUUUUAGUCAAGGAUGAUAUUCUCUACUCCAGCUCCAACACAGCUCACUGUCCAGAGGACCAAACAUCAUGGGUGGGCUGCAAAGCUAUUCUAGUGUUUUUCCAGUACGGUGUUAUGGCGAACUUUUACUGGCUAUUGGUUGAAGGACUUUACCUCCACAUCCUCCUUGUGUUAAUAUUCUCCCCCAACAGACACUUCACAGUCUAUCUGCUGAUUGGAUGGGGAAUUCCUACCAUAUUCAUUAUUACAUGGACAGUGACACGGAUUAUUUUAGAGGACACUGGUUGCUGGGAUACAAAUGAGCAUGGUGGUCCUUGGUGGGUUAUACGAAUACCAAUUUUAAUUUCUAUUAUAGUGAAUUUUAUACUUUUCAUCAGUAUUAUAAGAAUCUUACUCCAGAAGUUAAGAUCACCAGAUGUUGGAGGGAAUGACCAGUCACAGUACAAGAGACUUGCAAAAUCCACGUUGUUGCUUAUUCCAUUAUUUGGAGUUCACUACACAGUGUUUGCUCUGUUUCCUGACCGCAGUUCCAACAAUUACAAAAUAAUUUUUGAGUUGUGUUUGGGAUCUUUUCAGGGAUUGAUUGUUGCAGUCCUGUAUUGUUUUUUGAACAGUGAGGUACAAGGAGAGCUGAAAAGAAAAUGGCGGAGUUUGUGCUGGAAGCAGACAGCUGGCAGAGACUACAGACUGCACAGCUCCAUUUCUCGAAAUGGAUCAGAAAGUGUUUCUCAGCUCCAUCGGAAUUCAAGGGCUCAGUCAUUCAUGCAGACAGAGACCACCAUGAUAUAAGUCAGUUAGGUUCCCAAAACGUGCAAAAACUGUGGGAUACAUUUGUUAUAUGCAGCUUGAUGUGGUAUUUUUUAAAAUGUACAGUUUAUUGCUUGGCUUUUCUAUAUGUUGGUACUUGGGAAAUUGAUUUGUGCAGUCAACCAGGUAAUAACAAAGACACCUGCCCCAUGGAUGCUUUCUGUUCUGUUCUUUAGUGCCAUUCAUACUAGUUUUUAUGUUAUCUUGCAAUGUAUUAGCCAUAACUAUUCAAAAACUCAUUUACUAUGAAGGUCCCUUUUGCCUCCAGCCUGUCUGUGAAACAGAUAUGUGGGAUCCCAUUUAAUGUAGGCUGCUUUGUUACCUGAUGAAAAGGUUAUGACGGGAAGCAGAAAAAAUUCUUAAACUAUAUUUAUAGGUAAUACUUCUUUCCUGAAGGAUUAGGAAAUUCAUUCCUAAUUAUGGAAAACAAAUGAAAAAUAAAGAAAUGUGAGGUUAUAAUUAACCACAUUGGGAGCUUAGUGUGCUAAUCCAGGAAAAGAUUAACUUUUCACAGAGAGGAAAAAAAAAAGAAGUAAGGCUUAUUAGCUAAUCAUAUGAAUUGCUAAGGCUAAUUUCUACAAUUUGAUUCCUAUCCUGUUGUCCCCUUUGAAAGUGUAUGGUUUUUUAUGUUUUGGUGCCUUUGCAGUCCAAGGCUUUUGUAAUUGUUUUGAUUAAAACAUCAGCAUUUGCCAGUAGUGCCGUUCUAAUCACCAGUUGUACUUUUCUGUUUAAAAUCAAAGAGAUUUGUGUUGAUAUUUUAUUAAACAAUUUUCUGAAGAGGUGCUUUAUUGUUAGAGCAGUCUAUCAUAAGAUAAACAGCCUUGGAGAGCGUUACCCAUUGAAAAUAUCAUUUUUAUUUAAUAUUUUCAUUGAAUUAUAUCUCUAGAACUACAUACUUGGCAGCUGAAACAAAAAAUACUGCAAUAACGUUAGAACGCCCAUUUAAGAAAUAAUGUAAGUUCUCCUAGAUUGAUUCUACUCUGUAUCUAUCUGAGCUGAUUUAAAAUUCAGUUGUGGCCAUGAUUCAAAAAAAAAAAAAAAAAAAAAAAAAAUUUAAAUGCAAUCCCUAAAAAUGACCAUAAAAGGCAUAAAUGGAAGGAAUUCUCAGCAACACCAAGCCUCCUGUGCAGCCACUUUGUAAAAAAAAAGAUCUGACAAGUUCUUAUAAAUACACAUGGAACAUUUGCGGUUUGAAAAGAAAUAAACCCAGUGAUGCUUAUUUCUCA